AUGGCCACACCACGGCGGAGGGCGCCUCGCCUCUUCACUGGCGCCGUCUUCACAGAGGAGGUUAGUCAUGGUCUUCUUACCUUUGCGCGUCGUCAUGGUCUCACGAGUGAUGUGUGGGUGCCGAAAAGGCUGGUGGAAAAGAUGAAGUUGGGUGUGGCGCUUUUGCCAAAUGCGAUUCUCUGCGACGUGUCACUGAUGCCGGGCUGCGGGGCCACCGACGUGAAAGGCAUUGGAUUUGAAAGUGUUUUGGUCAACGCCGCCCACACGACGGAUGCCGCAUUUUUUGAGAACUAUCAGAGGGGUAUCAAAAGCGGUGUGGGUAGGGCACUGCCACUGACGCAAACCGGAGCCCCAAAGCGUGAGCUUCACGUUGCUUCGAUUGUCCUUGACGGGAGCCGGCAGAGGUUUAAAAGCCCUUAUUGGCUGCGGCAUUGGAAGAAAAAUCGCCAGUGGGUGAACGCCGAGGAAACCCCAUUUCCGGGCCGAUACAAUCCUACAGACUGUACUUCAUAUGUACCUCACACAUUCACAAACCAGCUGUUUCCCCUUGCGGUGGCUCAGUUGAUGCGGCGAAAGGCGUCUCGCCAUGGAUACAUCUCCCGCACAUGGUUAACAGCGAGCGAAGGCGAAGCGCACGGGACUCGCAUUGACGCCAACCGCAUGAGGGACGGCCCACCAAUAUUUGUGUCACAUUUUUCCGGGCACGGACAGGUGCAGGCUGUGGAGUACUUCUGCAGCGACCAAUUUGAGGAUUUCACCGUGUUUCCCACCCAGAGGGAAAUUGAUUUGGCGGCAAGUGGAGUUUUUGUGGGGGCAGAAAAGAUGCGCGGAUACCCCCUGCUGGCUUCCCUCGCGGCGGAAUCCGCCGCAGCCGUUAGGCAUCAGCGCAUGGCGGAGGAGAUGGCAAAGCUGUCCGAUCCUGUGCUGUUCGGCGCUACGCCCGGCCUCACAGCUUGCCUGCUAGGCUCCGAGUUCAAGGAGUCGCUCCGGAAGUUUUCCCUGCUUCGGGGGUUUUCACAUCCCUACUUCCUACUUCACACCCCGCAAACCGCUAAACUCUUGCGGCUGAAGCCGCAGGAGCAGGGUAUAGUGUGCAAUUUGACUCUGUUUUUCAAGGUGCCUUUUUCCCAGGCGAAGUGUCUCUGCUUUUUUAACAUGGAACAGUUCGAGGAACCGGCCGUGGUGGAGGAAAUGAUCAUGAGGACUCCAACCUUUUUCUUCAUUCAGAUCCCGCUCUCCGGGGUAGCGUUGGUGGAGUGCGCACGGGCACAGUGCGCAAAUCGGGUGUAUUCUCAAAUGUGGGUCCCAGCCCGUGCUCUGGAUUACCUUGCCGGCGUCUGGGAGCUUUCCCCAACUGCAGUAUCUGUGCCAAGCGAUGAGGCGUCGCUUGCGUUCUGUCCCAAGAUGUACAACACCUCGGAUAUGCGUAUUCCUUCCGAGGCAUUGACAUGGUGGCCGAGCUACCGCCCUCAUGACCUGCAAGGCACUUUGUAUUUGGGCGAGGUUAAAAUGCUGCUAUCGUUGCGUGCAUGGGAGGAGGGCUACACCUCCCCCUUGUGGGUCACACAGGCAGUGCUGACCCGUUUGGGAAUGAGGCGAAGACGUCAGACGCGCCGCAAGCGUUUUCUCACAGGAAAGCCAUUCGAGAAGCCUCCCAGUGUGCUGGUGGGCGAGGAUGAGUACAUCAACGUGGAAGCGGUUCAGAGUCCUGACGGUCUUCUCGCAAGGUUGUCUAGUGCAGGCAGCGAGAGUAACAUGUUGCCGAAAGGCGUUUAG